AUGAAGCUGGAAAGCAUCAAUAUUCUUCAGAACAAGGUCGACUUGAUCAAGCUCUUGAGCAACAAUCGCAAUCGCUGCAUUCAUCAAGGGCACGGUGGUCGAGCCGUCGCUCAGCGUCCCGAUACGCAACUGGAAUACGACAUCGACGCUGUCAACGAAAUCAUUGCAAAGCGUCCACCUAUCCCAGUCCGCGACUUUGCUUUCGAUCCCGGUCUCAUCCGUUCCUUCGAUGUCAACAAGCCUGGUGCUGAGGUCCACGAACUCAAAGGUGGUGUUGCUAGUGGUUCUAUCCUCACGGGCCAGGGCAACAAGUCAAGAUUUGUCCGGUGA